UUGAACGCAGCACGGGACAGGCGAGGAAAAAAUAGGAAGAAAUCCACGUAGCCUGUCUUGCAUCGUAAUAGUACAUUCGUACGCUGUUCUCAAUGUGUCCGUUUGAUUAAAGAAAAGCUGUCUUUAUUUAAGGAACACGGGCAUUCAUAGUGGCGGGGUAAGGCGGAGAAAAAACUGGUCCUGUUAGUUGAAAGGAAGAGGACUAAAAAUGGAGCUGGAAGACGGAGUUGUGUACCAGGACGACCCGGGGACAUCAGCGAUGAUGUCUGAGCGGGUGUCGGGCCUGGCCAACUCAAUUUACCGCGAGUUCGAGAGGCUUAUCGGUAAAUACGACGAGGACGUGGUGAAAGAGCUGAUGCCGCUUGUGGUGGCCGUGCUGGAGAACCUGGACUCCGUGUUCGCGGAGAACCAGGAGCACGAAGUGGAGCUGGAGCUGCUGAAGGAGGACAACGAGCAGCUCAUCACCCAGUACGAGCGGGAGAAAGCGCUGAGGAAACACGCAGAGGAGAAGUUCAUCGAAUUUGAAGACACUCAUGAGCAGGAGAAGAAGGACCUGCAGAGCCAUGUGGACCGGAUGGAGUCCCACUCCCGCCAACUGGAGCUCAAAAUCAAGAACUAUGCAGACCAGAUUGGCAGGUUAGAAGAACGAGAGCUGGACCUGAAGAAGGAAUACAACUCCCUCCAUCAGCGGCACACAGAGAUGAUCCAUAAUUACAUGGAGCACGUGGAGAGGAUCAAAAUGCAACAGAUCAGCGAGACCUCCGAGUCGAGCGCAGUCGGCCGAGUCAGGAGAGAGCGACCUCUUUCUUUGGGAAUCUUCCCAUCAUCUGGCGGAGCGUCUCUGCUCAUCCCAGAUCCUCAGGCCAGAGCAGAGACACUGGGCACAGAGAGCUGGAGGUUCACUGACUCAUCGCAGCCUCGCUCCAACACAAGUCUCAAGUUGGACUAUGGUGACCCCCCAAAGGAAAGGGAGGGUAAGAGUGCGCAGGACUCUACUUGGGGGAAUUCACUGGCAGACGACUGCAAGGAUGAGCUAUCAGACUUCACCGGCUCCAAGUCGGCCACACCGAUGUCAACCACUGCCUCGGACAUGGAGAGGGAAGAUGGGAACAGUAAGAGCACAGAGGUGCAAGCUGCUCCAGGGACCAGAACCAUAUCAGUAGGUCAGCCUGAAAAUGAAGACAGCUCAGAUGUGAAGGACAUCAUUGAGUCCACCCCUGAGCUGGACAUGGAUCUCAUUGGGUACAGACCCUGCAGCACUCCUACUAAAGGCAUUGAAAACAUGGCAUUUGACCGCAAUACAGACUCCCUGUUUGAGGAGCUGUCCUCUGCAGGCACCGGGCUCAUCGGGGACGUGGACGAAGGAGCUGAUCUUUUAGUGGAGUACUCUGGAAUGGGCCGGGAAGUUGAAAAUCUAAUUAUGGAGAAUUCACAACUGCUUGAGACUAAGAACGCCUUGAAUGUGGUGAAUAAAGACUUGAUUCAGAAAGUCGACGAACUGACAAGUGAGAAGGAGAUGUUGGAGGGAGAUCUGGAGGCUUUGCUGCAGGCAAAAUCCAAGCUGGAGGAAAAGAACAAAGAGCUGGAGGAGGAACUCAAAAAAGUACGCCUGGAGAUGGAGGAAGCAAAACAUAAAGCUAACGAAGAAGAAGAGAGUGAUUUACCUACGGCUCAGAAGAAGCGUUUCACCAGAGUGGAGAUGGCCCGAGUGCUGAUGGAGAGGAACCAGUACAAAGAGCGACUUAUGGAGCUGCAGGAAGCUGUGCGGUGGACUGAGAUGAUCAGGGCUUCAAGGGAAAAUCCAACUAUCUCAGAAAAAAAGAAAUCCAGCAUCUGGCAGUUCUUCAGCAGACUGUUUAGCUCCUCCUCCAGUGCCCCUGCCGUAAAGUUUGAAUCCCAGUCCAAUACGAAGUACAGCACUCCGGGCAGCACGGUGAAGAGGAGCAGCACUUUCUCCCAGUUCCCCACGGAGAAGUCCAAGACAUUUGACUUCCUCAAUGAAGAUAAGGAACAGUGCAGUUCUCCAUCACGUAAAGAGCAGAAGAGAAGCCAGUACAGACAGGUCAAGGCUCACGUGCAGAAGGAGGACGGACGAGUCACUGCGCAUGGCUGGAGCCUGCCCAGCAAAUACAAGGUAGCAAACGGUGGACAAGUGGAAAACAAAAUGAACUUACCUGUGCCGGUUUACUUGAGACCUCUGGACCAGAAAGAUGCUUCUAUGAAGCUGUGGUGCGCUGCCGGGGUCAACCUGUCCGGGGGUCGGGCAUUUUCCUCAUCAGAGCUUUCUAAGCAGACAAAGGGUUCUCAGAGCAGCUUGGAUCAGCUGGAGCAGGAGAGUAAGGAUCGGGAAAAAGGGGAGAAAGAGAAGGAGCUGAUUGUUCAGGACGAGAUGUCCAGUCGUGUGUGGGUGUGCACUAGCACCCACUCCUCCACCAAGGUUAUGGUUCUGGAUGCCACUCAGCCCUCUGACCUGCUCGACAGCUUCUACGCCUGCAACACUCACAUUGUCUGCAUCGCCAGUGUGCCAGGUGUGUUGGAAACUGAUUAUCCAGCAGGUGAAGCUGUACCCCAAGACCUGGAGUCCAGCCAAGGGGAUGCGGCGUCACUGGCUGGCAGCGUGGCCAGUGUAGGCUCAGCAGGCAGCGAUAGCGCCUCGGCAGCCGAGGGCACCACUGCCAUUCCCCAGACAGCUAGUGCAGGUGUUGCCGACCAGCCGGCUGAGCACAGCGCCACCUCAGCCUCUGCUCCCACUGUUGAGUUGUCCAGAGAGACCAGUCCAGCAGAAGAUGGGGUUCCCACAGCGGAAGAGGCAACAGAAGCAACGGAGGCUAAUGCUGGCGUGGGCGAAGAAGGAGAGGAAGAUCAGGGGGCUGACCAAAACCAGCCAGGAAUCUACACGGAGCACGUGUUCACCGACCCACUCGGGGUGGAACCCACUGACUCCUUAGUUGCUGAAUCACAGAGGGGAUCCAGACAGGAUGGGGUGACUUCUCUGGCAGAAGACUCGGACCCAUCAGAGAUUGAGGUCCUGAGGAUGAGCAGUGCACUUCCCACCAUGUGGCUCGGUGCUCAGAAUGGGUGUCUGUACGUCCACUCGUCUGUGGCUCGGUGGAGGAAAUGUCUUCAUGCCAUCAAACUGAAAGACUCGAUCCUCAGCAUAGUGCAUGUUAAAGGGAGGGUCCUGGUAGCACUGGCUGAUGGGACAUUAGCAAUUUUCCACAGAGGCAUUGACGGACAGUGGGAUCUAACCAACUACCAUCUGCUGGAUCUGGGCCGGCCCCACCACUCUAUCCGCUGUAUGACCGUAGUCCACGAUAAGGUUUGGUGCGGCUACAGAAAUAAGAUCUACGUCAUCCAGCCAAAGGCCAUGAGGAUAGAGAAAUCCUUUGACGCUCAUCCUCGGAAGGAGAGCCAGGUACGGCAGCUGGCCUGGGUUGGAGAUGGCAUCUGGGUGUCCAUCCGACUGGAUUCAACUCUACGCUUGUUUCACGCCCACACCUACCAGCACCUCCAGGAUGUGGACAUUGAGCCCUAUGUCAGCAAGAUGCUGGGUACAGGUAAAUUGGGUUUCUCAUUUGUGAGAAUCACCGCUCUCGUCGUAUCCUGCAACCGACUGUGGGUGGGUACAGGAAAUGGCGUAAUCAUCUCCAUCCCGCUCUCUGAAGCUAACAGAACAACAGGAACAGUGCCAAAUCGCCCGGGCAGUGCUGUACGGGUCUACGGUGAUGACAGCUCUGUGACAGACUGUGCAAUGCCAGGCAGCUUUGUGCCAUACUGCUCCAUGGCUCACGCCCAACUAUGUUUCCACGGACACCGGGAUGCUGUCAAGUUUUUUGUGACAGUGCCAGGUAAGAGACAAGUGCAGAGAAUCUGUGGGAACAUAUUAGGUAAUGUUAGCCAUUAUCAAAGGAAAAUUAGCAGCCAUGUUGAAGUUGAUGUGAAGUUUUCUAUGAUUGUAAAGAGAAUAUGAGUGUGAGUGUU